AUGGUCCAUAUACUACCAGAUGUUCUGAGCACAAUAUUCAGUCUGGUUCGCGAGGAGCAAAGCCUUCAUGCUCUUUCCGAACUUUCCACCGUCUGCAGGCUUUGGCGAGACAUUGCACAGCCAGUGCUGUGGUCACAUCUCGUCCUUACUGCCGAUGGUCUUCAGUUACUCGUCGAGAACGCCGGGCGCGCUUCUGACAAGCUCAAAAUGGUGAGAAGUGUCACCCUGCAUAUCGAGGUAGUAACGUCAACGUCCGUCACAACAUCGCGUUCCCAGUACGAUCCAGACAUGUGGGAAUCUAAUAGGCUACAUGGCUUUCCACAGACUCGGGCUCUCCAGCAAAUUAUCGAUCGCUUCACUAUUACGAUCCUCCCCAAGCUCGUGUCAUUGGCCUCGUUCUCCGUCUUCGUCACGAGUCCUUCAGCAUCCGAAGACGAUCACACCCCAAACUCUAUUGGGUUUAGGCUGCAAACAGAAGUCUUGGGACGCUUGCUUAGAGCACUUCCAGCAUCUUGUGAAAGCCUCGAGCUCGACACUGGCGGCACGGACUGGUCGCCAGGACGCGUCUCACAUCAUCUUUGCCCGGAUAUUUGGUACAUCAUGCCUAGACUCCGACACGUCAAGCUGAGAGUACACAACUUGUGCAGCCGUAUCUUACUUCUGAGCUCCGUGGACUCGAAUGACCGUCAUGAUGAACCGGACCUAGCUAGACUAGACCCGUCGGAAGCUGGAAAUUUAUUACACGCGGAUCUUCUUUCAACGCUUAGCAUUUGUAUCCUUAGUCGGGUAGAUGCUGGAUGCACAUUUUCUCUCUGUCCAGAUCUUCAAGCCAACCUGGACCUCGGACAACAACAACCCUGGUUGAUUGGGGGAGGUGGUGGCUAUGAUACCAAGCCACUCUCACUGACCUCCAAUCUUGCUUUGGCAUACAAAUCAGGUUGCUUCCCCGCUGCUCACAAGAUCGAGGUCGUCCAAGACCAACUUUCCUUCAUGUCUGAUAUGGAAGAGUUCCAGGAUGAUAUGUUCAGUAUGACAGACCAAGAGCGACAACGUGCUGAAUUGUAUGGCUACUCGGUGUUAAUCCGAGAUUGUAUCGAAGACAAGACUUAUCCUUUGCCCAUGCGGUAUAUCGGUGAUGGGUACCAUGGGUUAUACGACAAGUCGGACAAUUGUGUCAUCGGAAAAGAGGGGGACUGUAUCAGAUAUGCAGAAAACACGGUCUGGGACGAGACCGUCUACGGAGCUAGGCUGCCCUUUGGUGCUGUUAUAGCGUUAGCGGGCGCAACACCAAAACCUCCACCAAUGCUCUUUACUAGAAAAGAGUGGAGACAAAGAUCAAAGAAGGGAAUGCUUUCUUGGCGGAAAGAGGAGGGAAGGACAGGUGUGAAGAUAAAACGUGUAGUUCCUUUGGACGGUGUUGAUGUCAAGUUUGACUACACGAUGAUGCCUUUGUUGCCUGCUCGCGGAGAGCGCAUACCAGGCGAUGAUCGAAUUGACUGA